AUGAUGUGCUGUUUGUCUGCUGAAGCUCGUGAACAAAAGCAGAUUAAUCGUGAAAUUGAAAAACAAUUACGAAUUGAUAAGAAAAAUCAAAGACGAGAAUUGAAACUUUUACUAUUAGGUACUGGUGAAAGUGGCAAGAGUACGUUUAUAAAACAGAUGCGUAUUAUUCAUGGCUCGGGGUACUCUGAAGACGAUAAACGUUCAUUUGUCAAAUUGGUCUAUCAAAAUAUAUUUAUGGCCAUGCAUUCAAUGAUAAGGGCCAUGGAAACAUUGAAAAUACAGUAUAGAGAUAAACGAAAUGAAGAACAUGCAUUAUUAGUCCGUAGUGUUGAUUAUGAAACAGUGACAACAUUUGAAUCUCAAUAUGUUGAAGCAAUAAAAAGCUUGUGGAAUGACCCAGGAAUAAAAGAAUGCUAUGAUAGAAGAAGAGAAUAUCAACUAACCGACUCUGCUAAAUACUAUUUGGAUAGUAUAGAUCGUAUUGCCUCCCCUAGUUAUUUACCAACAGAACAAGACGUAUUAAGAGUUCGAGUACCGACAACAGGAAUUAUUGAAUAUCCGUUUGAUUUAGAAAAUAUUAUUUUUCGAAUGGUUGACGUUGGUGGACAACGUUCUGAAAGACGAAAAUGGAUACAUUGUUUUGAAAACGUCACCUCAAUUAUGUUUUUGGCUGCAUUAAGUGAAUAUGAUCAAGUUCUAGUCGAAUCCGAUAAUGAAAACCGAAUGGAAGAAAGUAAAGCAUUAUUUCGAACAAUUAUAACAUAUCCAUGGUUCACAAAUUCAUCUGUGAUUUUGUUUUUAAACAAAAAAGAUUUACUUGAAGAAAAAAUAAUGCAUUCUCAUUUGGUUGAUUAUUUUCCAGAAUUUGAUGGUCCUAAACGAGAUGCUCAAGCUGCACGAGAAUUUAUUCUUAAAAUGUAUGUUGAUUUAAAUCCAGACAGUGAUAAAAUUAUAUAUUCGCAUUUCACAUGUGCAACCGAUACUGAAAAUAUCCGUUUUGUAUUUGCUGCUGUUAAAGACACAAUAUUGCAAUUGAAUUUAAAAGAAUAUAAUUUGGUUUAA